AACGUUCACAUCACGUGCUGUCCAUCUCGAAACGCCUCAUGCCAUACCGCCGAUCCGUCGACAUCAACAAGACAAGGUGACGGAACGACUCUCCAGGUAGCGGUUCAGUCGCCGCCUGGUAGCCGCGAUGCGCGAGUGUUCACGCCGCACUCGAACAAAGAAGUUGGGUCUCUGCGCACAGUCUGAAAUUGACGGCGACUGAGGGCAGGGGCUCAGUACCGGAAGUAAUGGAAGGCGACGAAGAGAGACGACAGUGUGGUGUAUUGGAUAAUGCAUUUGAAGAAACGCUGUGCUACCGAGAUUUGCAACAAAUUGCUAUUUCUAUGAAUUUACCUGCCAACCAUGAGUGGUCUACUCUGUUGGCCUUGGUGAAGGCUCGACGACGAGGGGACGACCGCACAGUGGAGGACAUUCUGACGCACGCUCCCAGACCCAAGCGGCGGGCCACCGCCUCCGCCGCCGCCGCCUCCGCCAGCGCUGCCUCGGAGGCGGCGGUGCCACCUAAUGCCAGCAGCGUGGAA